AUGAAGUCUAUAAGCUUCUGGUGCUUUUUGGUUUCUGUGGCCGCAUCCAAGCGCUACCUACCCUCUGAGCAGAUUGAUGUCCAGUCCAGUCUUCUUUCUGAUCCUACUCAGGUCGCUGGCAAGACUGUUGACUAUAUAAUUGCCGGAGGUGGCUUGACGGGCCUCACCGUUGCCGCUAAGUUGACCGAGGACCCCAGCAUCAAGGUCCUGGUCAUUGAAAACGGCUUUUAUGAGUCCAGCGAUGGAGACAUCAUCGAGGAUCUGAACGACUACGGAGAUAUUUUUGGCACCACCGUUGACCACGCCUAUGAAACCGUCCCUCACUCCAUAAAUAACCGUACCGAGAACGUCCGAUCUGGAAAUGGUCUUGGAGGAUCGACUUUGAUCAAUGGUGGCUCUUGGACACGCCCCCACAAAGCCCAGAUCGAUUCUUGGGAGAAAGUGUUUGGAAACAAAGGCUGGAACUGGGAUAACAUGUUACCAUACAUGCAGAAGGUCGAGAUCGCUCGUCCUCCAAGCGAUGUCGAGAUUGCCGCUGGUCACUACUAUAACUCUACUUGCCAUGGAACGAAUGGCACCGUUCAUGCUGGGCCCCGAAACAACGGAGAGCCCUAUUCCCCGAUAAUGAAGUCAUUAAUGGAUACUGUCAAGGGACGUGGUGUUCCUACCCAGCUGGACUUCCACUGUGGUGUUCCUCGUGGUGUUUCUAUGAUUCCCAAUGGACUACACAAGGAUCAGGUUCGCUCAGAUGCUGCACGUGAAUGGCUUUUGCCUAACUACAAGCGCCCGAAUCUGCAAGUCUUGACAGGCCAGUUUGUUGGAAAAGUCCUCAUCAAUCAAACCACCACUUCUGGGGCUGUUCCUGGUCACAAGGCCGUUGGCGUAAACUUCGGUACCAACAAGAAUGUCAACUGCAAUGUAUACGCUAAGCAUGAGGUGUUGCUAGCUUCUGAAUACUCGGGCAUUGGCUUGAAAUCUGUGCUCGAUGCCGCCAGUAUUCAACAACUUGUUGACCUCCCUGUCGGUCUCAACAUGCAGGACCAGACAACCACUACUGUGACCUCCCGUACCAAAUCCUCCGGCAAUGGUCAAGGCCAGGCCAUCUAUUUCGCUACAUUCAAUGAGACGUUUGGGGAUUACGCUCCUCAGGCCCACAAGUUACUCAAUACCAAGUUGCACCAGUGGGCCACUCAGACCGUUGCUCGCGGUGGUUUCCAUAAUGUGACUGCUCUCGAGAUCCAGUAUGAGAACUACCGUGAUUGGCUAGUCAACGAAGAAGUUGCCUAUAUGGAACUGUUCCUCGAUACUUCCGGCAAGAUCAACUUUGAUCUAUGGGAUCUCAUUCCAUUCACCCGUGGAUCUGUGCAUAUUCAGGGUAACGACCCCUACCUGCGACGCUUUUCCUAUGAUCCUAAGUUCUUCAUGAACGACCUGGACCUUCUUGGCCAAGCUGCUGGGUCCAAACUGGCGCGCGAGAUCUCCAACACCGGUGCUAUGCAGACCUACUUUGAUGGUGAGACUACACCUGGAGACAACUUGGAAUAUGAUGCCGACUUGGAUCAGUGGGUGGAUUAUGUGAAGCAGAACUUCCGCGCCAACUGGCACGCUGUGGGAACCUGCUCGAUGAUGGCAAAGGAGCUUGGUGGAGUUGUUGAUUCUGAGGCUCGAGUGUAUGGUGUUGAGGGCCUUCGCGUGGUUGAUGGCUCGAUCCCGCCGACUCAAGUAUCUUCCCAUGUCAUGACUGUUUUCUACGCUAUGGCUUUGAAGAUUUCUGAUGCCGUUCUGGCAGACUUCCAUGCCAAGUCUCCGAAGAACUGA